UAUCCAGUUUAUUUAACCAGAAUCUUCUGUAUGUAUGUUGAGUUAAUAUCCUCCAGAGUCCACGAUAUGUGAUUAAUUGUUUUAUGUUAAAGUGUAGACAGAAAUUGGAUAGCUCAAUUUAUACCCUGUAAUUUUUGAGCUCUUUUAAACACUUCGUUAUCUGUUUCAUAUUCAUAAAUUUGUACUUUUCCUUCUGGAUUGGGCGUCCGCAGGAUCUUAUGCUGGUAGCAGUCUUAUGUAUUGUGCAGAAGGUCUGAUGUCUGCUAGCCAUGGGAGGGAAAGUGGAAGUGUUGAGAUAUGUUUUGCAUACACGGUUUCAAGAUAUUCCUGGUCAUUCGGGCAUACAGGUGCACACAUUAGACUCUGCAAGUAUUUCAUGAUUGGAAAUGAACCUUACACCAUUACAUCAAACGUUACAGCGUCAUUUCAGAAUGAUUUUGACACGGCACUCCACCAUGUUACUGAAUGUAUUCGGUAUCAGCCAAGCCCUUAUAACCAAAUAAAAGUAAGCAUUCCUCAUGCUCCAGAUGUUCUCAUAUCCGGUAUAAAAAGACCAUCCCAAGCUGAUUUCAAUGGCGUCGUGAGGCAACGAAUGCUCAACAUACUAAAAAUCCUAAAUUCAUCAGGUUCCCCUUAUGCAGUGAACAUAUAUCCACACACAAGUAUAUUGCAGAAUGGUUUUCCUCUUGAAUUUGCUUUCUUCGACAACAAUAGCACUUUCAGAAUUCAAGACGGACCGAAUGUCUAUACCAAUGUAUUUGAUUUCGUAUACGACUCAUUCGUUUCGGCUCUAAGAAAAUAUGGAUUCGGCAACUUGAGGCUGAUUGUGACUCAAGUGGGGUGGCCAACAGAUGGACAUGUCUAUGCUAAUGUCUCCACUGCACAAAGAUUCUAUGUCGGUUUCCUCAAGAAAAUUGCCAACAACGAAGGGACACCACUUCAUCGUGGAGUACCCAUAGAAGCCUACAUUUACAAUCUAAACGACGAAAACGCCAAAGAUAUGAGCGCAUAUGGUCCCUCCAUUCGACAUUAUGGAAUCUACGAUUACAAAGGUCAGCCCAAGUUCUCUCUAGAUUUGACAAUGAAAGGUCGUCCAGAUGCAAAGCUAGUACCUGCAGAAGGUGUGGUGUCCAUGCCUAGAAGAUGGUGCGUUCUCAACACAGAUGCAAAGCUGAACGCAAGAAACCGCACAUCCCUCAUCCUGAAACAAUUUGAGCGAGCCUGUGAAAAGAACGAUUGUUCAAAAUUAUAUUACGGAGCAUCCUACAGCAAUCUGACAUUCGAAGGUAAUGUGUCGUAUGCAUUCAACGUUUACUAUCAAAGCAAAAGUCAGGUUGACGGUGCAUGCUAUUUUAAUGGAUUCGGGAAAAUAACCAUGGAAGAUCCGUCGGAAACAUAUGGAUGCCAUUUUCAGCUGGAAAUAUUAUCAACAUUGUUCAUCUGGGGUCAAGGGGAGAUGGGGAAUGUGUUGGCCAAAACAGGAGCAAAUGCGGUUAUGUAUGCUAAUAAUUCACCUGAUGAUGUUCAAGUGGUGCCUUCGGUUUCUCCGGUUUUAAUUCUUGCUACACCAUUUGUUUUAUCAUCCAUUUUGAUGUUAUGGAUCUGGUUCAUCCAAAUGAGGAAUCAGAACUAAUUGAGAAUCGGUGAUUAGUCGUCGGUUUUUUGUUAUACGGAGAUGGGGAAAGUAUAAGAGGAUGGUGUAGUGAAGGGUUCUCAUUCUUGUUAUUGUAACAGUUGGAUUGAUGGCGAAGGUGUAACAGUUGGAUUGAUGGCGAAGGUGCAAGGGGAUGGUGUCGGUGAAGGGUUCUCAUCCUUGUUAUUGUAAGAGCUGGAUUGAAGUUUCAAUACAUUUUUCAAUACAUUCAUUUGUGUCAGUGAAGAGUUCUCAUUCUAACUAAACCACCUUUGUCAUCGUAACCUUUGGAUGAAAUUUUUAAGUAACCACUUUUGUCAUUGUAAUAUUUGGAUGGAAGUUUCAAUACAUUCAUUUGUUGCUUAUGGGACAUUUUUUUUGAGUGAAUUGGGUUUCUAUUCCAAACAAAUCAAUUUUUUUUAUAUAUAAGCACACGAUUUUAUUCAUAUUGAAAUAGGAAUCAAUUUUUUUAGAUUCA